GUUGGCGGCGGCGAGGGGUGGUAGACGGACGGCGGUCGGCGCGGGUCGGACAGGACAGUGAAGAAUGGAGACCGGACGACCGUCGGUGGUCGGCCUGUUGUUGGUGCUGACGGUGCUGGCCGGGCUGACCUGCUCUGCACGCGCAGCACACGAUAGAGAGCGGCGCCAGGCCCCGGACUCGGGCCCGUUCGUGCCGCGCUGCACCACCGCGGACGGCAGUGACGGCCUCUGUACGGAGCUGCGCGCCUGCCCGCCCCUCGACCACCUGCUCCGGCUCUACAAACGCAACCAGGCCGACCCAUUCCAGCGGCUCCGGCUCCGGCAGGAGACGCUCAAAUGCCACUUCACCGCCGCCCACGAUCCGCGGGUCUGCUGCAAACUCAGCGCCAUCGCGCCCGUCACGACCAAACCCCAGAAGCCGAGGCUGCCGCGCCUUCAGACGGCCGCCCCGGUCGUACUCGAUCCCGUCACCCCGGCCCCGGUCACACCCGUUCCGCAGGUUCCCUUUGUCCCACCAGUGACACCGGUCCCCGAUGUGAUUCUGCCUCCACCAGCGACCCCCGUUCCCGAUCCGAUCCUGCCUCCACCUGAGACCCCCGCGCCUGUGCCCACCGCUGACCCCGCGGUAACCCCUGACCCCGUCGUGACCCCUGACCCCGCGGUGACCCCUGCCGCGCCCGUCGUCCCGAGCAAGCUGCCCGAUGAGUCGGUGUGCGGUAUGAGAACGUUCCUGUCACGGAUUUUCGGCGGGCAGACGGCGGAGAUCGGCGCGUGGCCCUGGGUGGUCUCCAUCGGAUACAGAGUGUCUGGGGCCCGGGAGAUCCGCUGGCAGUGCGGAGGGACGCUCAUCACGUCCCAUCAUGUGGUGACGGCCGCCCACUGCGUUACUCAGCUCGGCACCAGCGAACC